AUCGCCACGAGGUACGAAAAGAGUUCGACUGCCUGUAAAUCGUGUUGCCACCAAAGAAGUCGCCAAAUAUGAAAACCACGCUCAUCCUGCUGGUCAGCCUGGCCGCUCUGGCCUUGUCCUACGCCGAGGACAAGCCCGCCGAGGUGCCCGCGACUAGCGACAAGCCGGUCGCCGACGCCGCCAAGGACAAGAAGGACGAGAAGGUCGAGAGCCGCGGCGGCUUCUUCGGACCCGGCGUCGGCCUGGGCUUCGGACCCGGAGUCGGCUACGGAGGCGGCCUCGUUGGAGCCGGCUACGGAGCCGGAGUCGGAGCCGGCUACGGAGGCUAUGGCGCCGGCUAUGGCGGCUAUGGAGCUGGCUAUGGCGGCUACGGCGGUGGCUACGGAGGUCUCGGCUAUGGCGGUCUCGGCUACGGAGGUCUCGGCUAUGGCGGUCUUGGCUAUGGCGGUCUUGGCUACGGAGGUCUCGGCUACGGCGGUGCCGGCUAUGGCGGCUACGGUAGCGGCUACUACGGAGCUGGCCGCGGCUACGGACAGGGUGGGUACGGUUACGGCGCUGGAGGAGCCCAGAAGAAGGUGUUCGGGCAGAGCACGUCGUACGGCCAUUCCUCGACCUACGGUCUCCAAGCUAGUUCCGGAGGCGCUUACGGUGCUGGCCACCAGGCGCACGGUGGAGGAUUCGAGAAGGCUGGCCACGCCGGAGGCGUUGGCGGAGGUCACUACGGAGGAGGCGGUCACUAUGGCGGAGUCAUUGGCUGAGCUUCCGGCAGGAUACUACUGAACGUCGCCGAAGGUCACGGAUGAGCGGGGCUCCCAAUUCUCUGGCUGCUUUGUUGCUGUUCUGCCAAAUUCUGUCUCCCACUGAAAUUUGGGCUUGUCCAGGAAACACGCUGAAACGCCGACCAUACUGAACCGAAGACGUGUGCUCAAUCGUCUGUAAAUACUCGUGUUUCAAUAAAUGUUCCUGUUUUCCACGA